AUGCCCGCCGUUCGCACAGCUAGCGAUGACAAGUUCUCGGCCCUGCAACCCGUCAGAAUGGGGCCGACACACAACCUAGCCCAUCGCGCCAGCAUCCGUGUGCUCGCCGCGGAGGGCGUCUCGCAUCGGGCACUGGCCAGUGCCUUCGGCGGGUCGGUCAGCACCAUCCGACGUGUGAUCAGCAACUGCCACAGCAGCCGCUCCAUAGACAACACGGCAGAAGACCACGACAUCGCCCACCGCGAGGGUCUCCUGGCGUUCAACAAGCUUUGGAAGGUGACUCAGAAUUCGAACUGGCAGGCGACUCGGAACUUGAAGAAAUCCCAGCCUGAGGUCGUCCUGACGAAAAGGAUGGAGAAGGAGCCUGAGAAGCAAGUGGCGGUGGCGGCAUCCCAGGUGCGGGUUGCGAUGGAAACCGAUAGUGGCGCGCGGGUCAGUAGUAACCAGUCCGAGGCUGGCGCACCACUGGCAGUGGCAGGACCGUCCAAAGUUCCUUCGAAUCCUCCCUCGCCGCCCGAUUUCCUGCGUACAUUCCUCACGCGGAUCGGCUGUCCAGAGCUCCACGCACCGCUCGCCGGCGCCAACUUUGGCCGUGAGGAUCUUCUCAGACUCGCCCGUGCUGGCGUUGACGACGCGCUGCGCUAUGCGUACAUGGAGCAGCUAGCAGCGCGGCUCAACCUCCCGGAGUUUGGCGUCGCGCAGUGUGUCUGGCUGGUAGAGAAUAUCAAGCAACUCAAGGUGGACGAGGACUCGGAGUGA